AUGCCUUACAGCCACCACUCGCACUCCGGUCAGUUCUGCAAACACGCCUCAGGGUCGCUCGAGGACGUCGUGCUAGAAGCAAUACGACAGGGCUUCGAAGUGUAUGGUCUGACGGAGCACGUCCCUCGCUACCAUGCCGCCGACUUGUAUCCAGAAGAGGAAGGCGUCACACCAGAAGACCUGCUAGAACUGUUCGACCACUUUGUGGCCGAAGCACACCGUCUUAAGGACAAGUACGCAGGCCAGAUCCUGCUUCUGGUUGGUCUAGAAACGGAGCACAUCACGUCCGACGAUCUCGACCACCUGGACGCGUUACUGAGUCGCUACCGCGAGAAGAUACAGUACCUGGUUGGCAGCGUGCACCACGUGAACGGGUUGCCCAUCGACUUUGACCGCCCGACGUUCGAGAAGGCGGUCACGAGCUUCGGGGCGGGCAACGACCAGACACGCACGGAGGCCUUCCUGUGCGAAUACUUCGACCUGCAGUACUCGAUCUUGACGCGCUUCAAGCCCGAAAUCGUGGGCCACAUCGACCUGUGCCGGUUGUACACCCCGGAGCUGCGCUUCGCGGGCUACCCCCAGGCUCAUGCGAAGCUGGAGCGGAACAUUGCGUACGCCGUGGGCUACGGAGCGCUGUUCGAGCUGAACGCAGCCGCCCUGAGGAAGGGCUGGGCUACGGCGUAUCCAGGAGAAGAUGUCGUCGAGCUGGUAAAGUCCGCGGGCGGACGCUUUGCACUGUCGGACGACAGCCAUGGUCCGCACGCAGUAGGUUUGAACUACGGGUGGCUGUCCGAGUACGCCCGGCAGAUGAAAAUUUGCUCUCUGUCGGUGCUAACGGAAGCCGAAACCCCAAAUGCGUCCGGUCGCUAUGUGCGCGCCCGACUGGCCCCGGAGCGUUGGUGGGAACAUCCGUUCUGGAGCAAUGUUGCGCAACAGCCGAAGCAAGUCUGA